CUGCCAAAUGAAACAAAAGAACCCGACUGGCCACUCCACUUCCACCACCGCCGCCCCUCUCUCUCAUCGUCAAUCUCCAUUUCCGAUUCGUAAAUCCGACGGCAGGCGAGAGAGUUUUUUAAUCCCGCACUACUUAGAACUCCAUUCCCACUGUGUAAAAGGCAAAGCCAUAGCUUACCCACUCGACCUCCCCAAAGUUCACAAAUUUCUGUCUUGUUCGUCACUCCCAGGCCUCCGUCUGAACAUCCCCUGCACCCAGUAGCCAUAAAUACUCCCCGCAGGUCCCUCACCAAUCCGAAUUAUGGCAGCGGCAACCAGGAGACCUUGUCAGACAUUUCUCACUCGAGCUUUACUCAGGUACUCCGCCACGCGAUCCGCCGCUACCAUGGGAAGUUACGGCAGCGCUGUCCCCCAACGACGACCCGCCGCCUCCUCUGAUCAACUCAUCAACCUGGAGUAUGAGUGCAGCGCCCACAAUUACCACCCAGUUCCAAUUGUCUUCUCUCAAGCAAAGGGGUCGUCUAUUUGGGAUCCUGAAGGCAAAAAGUAUUUAGAUUUUCUUGCUGCUUACUCUGCAGUUAAUCAGGGACAUUGUCAUCCCAAGAUCAUGAAGGCGUUGAAGGACCAGGCAGAAAAUCUGACUCUGAGCUCUAGGGCCUUCUACAAUGACAAAUUCCCAGUAUUUGCAGAGAGCAUAACAAGCAUGUUUGGCUAUGAUAUGGUGCUUCCCAUGAACACUGGUGCUGAGGGAGUCGAAACGGCUUUGAAACUGGCAAGGAAAUGGGGAUAUGAGAAGAAAAAGAUUCCCAAAGAUGAGGUGGCCAUUAUUGUGUCUUGUUGCGGGUGCUUCCACGGCCGUACAUUGGGUGUCAUCUCCAUGAGCUGUGACAAUGAGGCUACUCGUGGUUUUGGACCACUGUUACCAGGCCACCUUAAGGUCGAUUUUGGUGACAUAGUUGCUCUUGAGAACUUAUUUAAAGAAAAGGGAGAUAAGAUAGCGGGAUUUCUUUUCGAACCCAUUCAAGGAGAGGCUGGGGUUGUAAUUCCUCCAGAUGGUUACUUAAAAUCCGUUAGAGAUCUCUGCUCAAAACAUAAUGUCCUAAUGAUGGCUGACGAGGUGCAAUCUGGCUUAGCACGAAGUGGAAGGAUGCUAGCUUGUGAUUGGGAAGAAGUUCGUCCAGACAUAGUGAUACUCGGCAAGGCAUUGGGUGGCGGAGUGAUACCCGUGAGUGCGGUGCUUGCAGAUAGAGAUGUAAUGCUCUGCAUUCAGCCUGGUGAACAUGGAAGCACAUUCGGUGGAAAUCCUUUGGCAAGUGCUGUUGCAAUUGCCUCGCUAGAUGUGCUUAGAGAAGAAGGGCUUGCUGAAAGGUCAGCCCAAGUGGGGGAGGAACUCAGGAGUCAGCUACGUAAGAUUCAGGAGCAUUUUCCAGACUACAUCAAGGAAGUUAGAGGAAGGGGUUUGUUCAAUGCAGUCGAAUUCAACAGCAAGGCCUUGAGCCCGGCCUCUGCAUACGAUCUAUGCCUCAAGUUGAAGGAGAGAGGAGUGCUUGCUAAGCCAACUCAUGACACCAUUGUCCGCUUAACCCCUCCUCUCUGCAUAAGUUCGGAUGAGGUGAAGGAAGCGACAAAGGCGCUUCAUCAGGUGCUGGAAGUUGAUCUACCAGAGUUGAGGAAGGAGAAAGCAGAGACGAAGAACGCGCAUGAGUCUCACCAUCAUGCGUCAACUACCUGUGACCGUUGCGGGCGGAGGUCUUAAGCUGCUGUUGAAGCAGUAUGUACCCCGUCAUUCAUUCUCUGCUUAUUCUUUUUCUGAUAAAAGGAUUAGAAGCGAAGGGAAAGAAUGGCUUUUGAUGGGGCGUUAGUUUUACUGGUUUCAACCCUAAAACCUUUCUUAGGUUUAUUCAAGAGACCUUUCUUAGCUGUGUCCAACGUGUUAACGCUUUAAUCACUGAGACUAUUACCUUACUGGCUGCUAGUUCAAUCCAUAAUGUUCUGUGUCGAUGUAUUUGUACUAUAUUGGGGAUAACCCUAUAUAUGCAAACCUUUUGAACUGUGAGAAUAAGUGUAAGUUGCAUGAAUAAGGUCGCUCUUCUGCUGUCUUUUUCCUUCAUGAUGUCUUUUGGUUUUGGAUAUGGGUCUCAACUCUCAAGGCAUUAGAACCAAAGCAGGGGAAGAAGGGGCGGGCACGUGAAGCUCGAUGCAAAGGAGCAUAUGCAUGGGAAUGAAUAUAAGAGUCGUUGUCCUGUCAUCUUCAUCUCUUUUAUUUUUAUCAGCAAAAGAUGAA